UCCAGCUCAAGUACUAGUGCAAUAGUUGUGAAAAAAUCAUUCCGAAAACAAACAAUUAAAAUCGAAAUGAGCAAAAAAGAGUUAUUUCGCUGCUAUAUUGGCUUAGUAACUGAGGACAGUAUUCCAUUUAAUGUCCUUAAUUCGGAAAAUAUGAGAAAGAUUAUUGACCCUAUUUGUCGUGGCUUAGAAGAAAAAUUUAAUAAAAAAUUUGUAUUGAACAGCAAUAACUGUAAAAGUGUCUUGAAAUUAGUUGCUGGCAAUAUUAAAGAACAUAUUAAAAAAGAGCUCAAGCAACGAUUGAUUUCCUUAAAAAUUGACAGUGCCACAAGAUUGUCUCGCAAUAUAUUUGCUGUUAGUGCACAAUUUAUAAAAAACAACGAAAUUAUAUCAACCAUUUUAGGAAUGGUGGAACUGAAAGGAGUGGCAUCAAGUUCAUCUCGUAAUUUGUCGACGGAAAUUGUGAACUUAUUGAGCAAAUACAAUGUAAAUCUCAAUCAAGUUGUAUCAAUUACAUCAGAUAAUGGUGCAAACAUGAUCAAAACGACAAAGAUUUUAUCGCACUGUAGCAUCGCCAACGAGCUGUACGAAGAAGUCGAGGCUGAGGAAGCAAAUGAUGUAUAUUUAAAAAAUAUCGAACUUUUCGAAGAUACAAUUGACAUUCAGUUGGGCGACAUUCAAAUUUGCCGUUGUGCUGCUCACACUGCUCAGCUCUGUGCACUGGAUGCUACUAAGGACUUGAACAUUAGAACUUAUUUGAUGAAUUGCAGAAACUUAGUCAAGUUCAUCAAAAAAAAUUCUAACGGCUAUCGUGAAAUUUUUGAACUAAAAAAGUUGACUCUACCACAACUCGAUUGUCCUACACGGUGGGGAUCGACAUAUAAUAUGGUAGAAAAAGUUUAUGCAGCCAAGGAAGUUUUGGACAACGUAGAGUCUGUACAAAAUAAAUCUUUAGAUGAGAAUUUUGAAUUAUGCGAUGAAUUUUGGGAGUUUGUGAAGAGUUAUUCUACUGUGUUUGAACCAUUACAACGAACAAUCAUAAAAUUUCAAGAAGAACAUCUGCAUUAUGGAAAUUUUUUUGCACAGUGGAUGAAGUGCAAUCUUAUAACCAAAAAAAUUGUAAAUGAUUUUGAUGAUAAAAGUUCUCUUGUAAUGUCAGAUACAAAUACAGUGCUUAAGCGUGUACUCGUACUGCCAGCGCUAAUGGCAAGUAAAAGAUAA